AUGGGGAAGAGAAAAAUUCCAAUGGCGAAAAUCGAAAAGAAAUCAUCUCUUCUCGUUUGUUUCUCGAAAAGAAGACAGGGUCUUUUCAAGAAAGCUUUUGACCUAUGCUCUCUCGGAGGCUCCCACAUUGCCAUUCUCGCUUUCUCUCCGGCCGGUAAUCCCUUCACCUUCGGUCAUCCAUCCUUCGAUUCCGUCAUCGAUCGGUACAUCGAACAAUGCAGCGGCAGCAAUGACAACUUUCCCUCUCCUUCCUCAUCAGCCCUUGGAUCGUCUCAUUCCGUUGCCCAUCUUGAUGGUUUAAAUCAACGUCUUUUCGACAUCCAGUGGCAGCUCGAUGAAAAUGUGGAGAAGAAUCGUCGACUAAAGGAAGGAAACCCUAAACGGGGAUGGUGGGAUUUGGAUGUUGAGGAUCUUGAUGUGGGCCAGCUGGAGACGUUUCUAUCAGAAUUGCAAAAAUUCAGGGAAGUUGUGGCAUCACGUGUUGUGGAGGCUAUCUCUGAGGAGGGUUUGGAGAAGAAGGAGAAAGUUGCACGUGAGAUGAAGGCUUUUGAGGGUUUGGUGAAGAAGGAGAAAGUUACGCGUGACAUGAAGGCUUCUGAGGGUUUAGAGAAGAAGGAGAAAGUUGGACGUGACAUGAAGGCUUCUGAGGGUUUGGAGAAGGAGACGGUAGGGUUUUGGGAUAUGGUUUCACGUGACAUGAAGGCUUCUUCGAGCAAGAAGGAUUUAGAAGAGGAGGUAGGGUUUUGGGGUAAGCAGUGUUUGGAGGAGGAGGUUGGGUUUUGGGAUAAACAGAGUCUGAAAGAGGAGGCUGGGUUUGGGAGUUCCAAAAACAGCAUUUUGAUUGGAGAUGAGGAAUUUUUAUUCUAA